AAUCCGCCCUCCCGAUCUCGUGUGGCGUUGCAUAGGGCAGCCCGAAGUCGGGGCGAACGACCUGAAAACGAUCAUACUGGGAGUUCUGGUGUGGUGGGUCGUUUUGCCCUGACGCGGAACCGCUCGGUCGCCGGGCUCACUUUCUGCAAUCAGCUGUGCUGUGUUCGCCGGUUGGCUGAGGCGGGGGCAUUAGCUGAUUGCGGAGGCGGGGUUGGGCAGUAUUUAGGCUGCGCGGUUUCUGCAUUCGGGCUCUCUGUCCUGGGUUAGCAACAGGAGUUCGCUGGGCUGCUGCGUGUGUGUGUUGCUACUUACCUCUGCUCAUAUUCCAGACCCCUGAACAGGCGGCUGCCUGCGUCCCGACUACCUUCUUCCUUCCUGGAGCGUAUGUUGGGAAGUAUCCGGAAGUCUAAUUCUGAGUGCUGAAGUACGCUGCAGCUAGUGUGAGAAGGAGCCAACUGCAGACACAGCGCCACCACCACUAACGUGGCCGUCUAGAGAACGGCAGCUACUCUCCUUUGGAGCACUACUUAAUUAUUGUGUGGGACUGGUUUAUUUACUCUUUUUAUUUUUAACCCGGUUUUACCAUAGUUGGUACUACCGGGGGUUGUUGUGUUUGUUUUGCAAUACCUGGUACUCUGCCUGGGUACCGACUGUGGUUUUGGCCCUGCUGUUUUUUUUAAUAAACUUCUACUCAGUUGCUAGUUGGCACUGAGGUUUGCCCACAAGUCUCCUGUGUGUGUGACGUCCUUUCUGGUCCUCCCAAAGACAACUCCCACUACCCUCUAACACGUGGUGUCAGAAGUGGGAUGUCUCUGGACCAGCACACCCUGCAGGUCCUCUUACAGGACCAAGAGCGACACCGGGACGGUGUGGAGCGGCGACGAGAGGAGCGAGAUGCGCAGCGGGAUGUCGAGAGGACGGCCCACAUGUUGGAGAUCACAGAGAAGAUGGCGGCGAUGUGCCAAGCGGUGCAGUCUCUGGUACUAGCGCGGACUCAGGCGCCCGCGGCAGCACCACCAACAGGGCAGCCGCCGCCUAAGAUCCGGCUUCAAAAGAUGACGUCGGAGGACGACCCAGAAGCGUUCCUCACGACGUUCGAACGGGUCGCCGAAGCAUCCUCCUGGCCGGUCGAGUGUUGGGCGGCGCAGCUUGCCCCAUGUCUGUCGGGAGAAGCACAGGCAGCCUACCGGGCCCUAAGCAAUGAAGCCGCCAGGGAUUAUCAGCAAGUGAAGGUGGCCAUAUUACAACGGCUGAAUAUCACCCCUGAGUCUCACUGCCGUAAAUUUCGACACUAUGUCCGGCCGAAGGGAGCCCGCCCACGCAUCGUCGCUCAACAGCUCUGGGACCACCUUACUCGCUGGCUGCAACCAGGGGAUCGUACCAAACAACAGUUGAUGGAGUCGGUGGCUGUCGACCAGUUCUUGUCUGUGCUAGAUCCAGGGACCCGGGACUGGGUGGCCAGGAACACCCCAAACACCAUGGAGCGAGCAGUGGAACUGGCGGAGGCGUAUGAAGAUGCAGCCCUUCGACAGGACCCCAGCCCAGCUCCCGUGAAACCGAAGGCCCCGACUCCAGCCCCUCGUUUCCCACCGAAGCCGGUGGCUUCCAUCGACCCAUCGGGCGCCUCACCUCCAAAGUGGAGAAUGAGGUUAGCCCCCAGCUGGGCCAGAUCCACUCCCUGGAACCCACCAAGUGGUGGGGUAGGGAACAAGCAGCCGGCGUCGGUAGCGCCACCCCCUCUCAUCUGCUUCCGGUGUCACGAGGCUGGACAUAUUGCCAGGAUGUGUCCCGCUGCCAUGGAAUGUGAUGUGGCCUCUCGCUAUCCAGCUGCACCGGAGGACCCCUGAACAGGCGGCUGCCUGCGUCCCGACUACCUUCUUCCUUCCUGGAGCGUAUGUUGGGAAGUAUCCGGAAGUCUAAUUCUGAGUGCUGAAGUACGCUGCAGCUAGUGUGAGAAGGAGCCAACUGCAGACACAGCGCCACCACCACUAACGUGGCCGUCUAGAGAACGGCAGCUACUCUCCUUUGGAGCACUACUUAAUUAUUGUGUGGG